AUGCCGGACCCCCCGCUAGGCGCGCCGCGGGGAAGCCAGCGGUUCGGCGAUGCUAAUGUCAGCGAUGGCAGCCAGUCUUUUCAAGGCGUCGUCCAUGGCGACGUCCAUUUGCACCCUGACUCGUUUUACGCGGUAACGCUAAUCACCAGGGUCCACCUAGACCGACCAGAGACCCCACCGACCCCAACGACCAACAUACCCUUUAGUCGCGACAGAGAUUUCGUGCGCCGGGAAGCGCUCCUGGGUCAGGUGCAUCAGCUGUGCGCGGAAGCAGCGUCGCGGGUGGCACUUAUAGGGCUGGGUGGCGUUGGCAAGUCACAGAUCGCAAUCGAGUACGCGUAUCAGAUCCGAGAACAGUCGCCGGAGUCGUGGGUGUUUUGGUUGCAUGCGAGCAACGCGGUGCGGUACGAGCAGGGCUUCCGGGCGAUCGCGGAUCUGGUAAAAUUGCCUGGGCGGCAGGAUCCGCAGAAUAACAUCUUGCAGCUUGUGGGCAACUGGCUGCAGAGCGGGAAGAGCGGGAGAUGGGUCGUCAUACUCGAUAACGUCGAUAAUGCCGGUCUCCUACUAGCCACAUCAGACGUGCGUCGAGAUGGCCAGUUAAGCACCUCAAGCCACUCCGACAAUCUGGUCGGUGUCAGCUCGUCGCCAACGUCACAGACUCCUAUUUCGUAUCUUCCUUAUUGUCCCCACGGAUCGGUUCUGAUCACGAGCCGCAGCAGGGACGUAGCGCUGCGGCUGGUGGAAGCACGGGACGUUGUCGCAGUCGAGCCGAUGAGUCAGGUGGAUGCAAUCGCUUUAAUCGAGAAAAAGCUGGGAACGCUAGGCAAGCCAAUAGAUGUCGCGGAUACCGAGGCGCUGGCUAAAUCGCUCGAGUGCAUGCCGCUGGCCAUUGUUCAAGCGACCUCUUAUAUAUCCCAGAGGGCACCGCGCUGCUCGGUACGGCAAUACCUCGAGAAGUUUGAGCAAAGCGACCGAAAGAGGGCGAGUCUUCUCGACUUCGAGCGGGGUCAGCUGCGGCGAGACCGGGAGGCGAGGAACUCGAUUAUUCUGACGUGGCAGAUUUCGUUUAACCACAUACAGAAGAUGCGACCAUCGGCAGCCAGGUUGCUCUCGAUGAUGUGUUUUUGUGACCGGCAGGGUAUUCCAGAGAGCUUGGUCCGAAGGUUACGGGACUAUCAGCAGAAUGGGAACGGGCAGGAAGACGAGGAAGGGGAGGCGGGUGAGCAGGAUAAGGAGGAUAAGGAGGCAGAGGACAAGGAGGUUGAAGAGGGUGAAUAUGGAUCCGACGAUGGCGACCUAUUUGCCGAGGACAGUGCAAGUAGCAGCGACUCCGACUCAAUCUCUUCUGCAGACGAGGAAUUCGAAAGAGACGUAUCAACCCUGCGGGACUUUGCAUUUGUUUCUGUGAACGAGGAUGGGACGACGUUCGAGAUGCACAAACUAGUGCAGUUGGCCACACGGAAAUGGCUCCACGGACAGAAAGAAGAGGAGAGGUGGCGAGGGGAGUUUAUUCGUUGUAUCUGUGCCGAGCUGCCGACGGGAAAAUACGAGAACUGGGGGCAAUGGAAGGUGCUUCUUCCGCAAGCAAGAUCGGCGGCCGCGCAGCGGCCGAAGAAUAACCAGGAAUCACUUCAAGACUGGGCCACGGUUUUGUACAAAAUGGCGUGGUACCUUAAGCAGAUGGGCCGGGGUAAUGAGGGCCAAGUGGUGGCAGAAGAUGCGAUGAAGAUAAGGAUGAGGCUGUUCGGACGAGAUAAUAAGGAAAGUCUACGGGCUAUAGCGAUGGUUGGCGAUAUUUACAGCCUCCAGGGCAAAUGGAGAGAUGCGGAGAAGUUACGAGCAGAGGUGAUGGAGAGUCGCAAGAAACUGCUCGGGGCCGAUCAUCCUUUUACGCUAACCAGCAUGGCCAGUCUAGCAUUAACGUACCAGGAUCAAGGCCGGUGGUCGGCGGCGGAAGAGUUAUUUGUGGAGGUAAUGGAGAGUCGCAAGAAGCUGCUCGGGGCCGAUCAUCCACAUACGCUGGGCAGCAUGAAUAACCUUGCAUCAAUAUAUUUGGAUCAAGGCCGGUGGUCGGCGGCGGAAGAGUAA